ACUCUCAAAUUAUAACGGCGGACUUGCCUUUGAUGCUUUGUCCAAAGCAAGAUUUGUUUACUCACUCUCUCGCCUUUGUAAAAGGCACUUGAAAGCAUGAAAUUGCUGCGUUUAUGGCAAUGUUACACUAUAAUAUCAGCAGGACUUCUCUACUCAAUUGAUUCACAAUGUACUGUUGGCAGUGAUGAAACUGGAACAACCAGUGCAAACCCUAUCUUUGGUAUGGUGCUUAAUAUUGAUGACAGGGCAGAAUGCACUGGACACAUAGGAAUAGUAGAAUACACUUAUUAUCAAGGACCAAGGAUUAACAAUCAGAACAGGAAUUUUGUAUACUAUGUCUCAGUAUGGAGCCAAUCUUUAUCUGUAUUUAAUUUGAGAGGUAGCAGACAAUACAAUACUAAAGCAAGUGGUAAUACAGUUAGAAACAGAGAUGGCACUGUCAGUGUUACUCCUCCACUAUUAAUAAGGAAGGGAGAAGUCAUAGGAUUAUACAUAGCAGCGCCUCAAGGAAGUGAACGUGAUGUAACCUUUGUUGCAGAUGGAAGUGGCAGCAUUUGUGUAAAUGGUAGCAGUGACAAUAGCAUCAGUUGCACUACUGUCAAUGGGAAAAUACUUAGAGCAAAAGCUACCAUAACUCCAAUAACUUGCUCAAUUCCUGUACUAACUAAUGGUAGAGUCUUGCAAUUACCUUGUGGGCCUAUUCUCUCAUCUCCUCCACUAAUAAAUGAUAUUGUAUACUAUAAAUGUAAUCCUGGUUAUAGGCUUACUGGUCCUAGUUUGAGUGAGUGUGUAUUGAAUGGCGAAAGUGGUGCUCUGAAUGAGACUGUCCCUACAUGUCAGAAUGAGAUCAUACCACCAAAUUUAAUGAACACAUUAUCAUCACUUUCAAUCCCUCAAGCAACAAUGCAAGCAACAGGAAUUCAAACAAAAUCCACUUAUAGCACAGUUACUUCGACUUUUAUAAUAUUUGCAUCAUCAACAACAAAACCAAUUCCUAUCACUACAACUACACAAUGUAGAACUACCUACAGAGCUAAUACUAGUGAUGACUUGAUGACAGCCACUACUGAUGAAGUGCAUACAACAAGUACUAUUGAUAAUCUUACACCAACUACAGGGGCAGGAGAGGAGAAGAACUCUAGCAAUAUGACAUUGAUAAUACUAGGAACAAGUUCAGGGACUGCUUUAAUAAUAGCAGUACUAGUAUUAAGCACUCUUGUCAUUCUAUUCACUGUAUUCAUCACAAAAAGAAGAAAUAAGGGCAGUAAUAACAUGAUCGAGAACCCAUGCUGCAAAAUUGAUGCACUGUACCAGACAGUACAAGAAGAUUCCAGUGACAACAAUGAAAGACGACACAAAAAUGAGACAAGAGUAAUUUGUAGCAUCAUCAGAGAAUAUGAUGAGCCAACAACAAGCAGAAUGCAUCAUAGUAAUGCAGUGGAAUAUGAAAUGCCAGUAAUGGUUAGCACUAAUUCUCACGCUACAGAGCCUAGGGGAGCAAGAGCAGUUUCUCCUGUAGCUAAUAAACCAACAGGUUAUGAAGUGCCAGGCUAUUUUACAUUGGAGGAAGGAGAGCAUUACUACAGGCAUCUCAAACAAGUUAUGACAGAGAAGGAGAAAGAGACAAAGUACACUCCUCCAGCUAGAGAUGAGGGACAGCUUUACAUGCAGCUCUGUCAUGCAAAGCAAAUACAAUCAGAUUCACUUGUUUUAGAUAGUAGACUUGGGUCUGGCCAGUUUGGUGAAGUCUACAAGGGAAGACUAGGAGAUAAGAUGGUAGCUGUUAAACUAAUGAAGGAAGGCUCUUCACACGAAGAAAGAGUUAAAUUUCUACAAGAGGCAGCAAUAAUGAGACAAUUCAAUAACUUGAAUAUAGUGAAGAUGCAUGGGAUAGUGUAUGAAAAUGAAAAGCCAAUGAUAGUCAUGGAAUUGCUGGAAAACGGUGACUUACAGAAUUAUCUACUUAAGCUUAAGAGAAAUAAUAGUGCUUCACCUUAUCAACUCUUAAAUUUCUGUCGUCAGAUCUGCCUUGGAAUGACGUACCUCUCCUGCAAAGGAUUCAUUCACUGCGACCUUGCAGCGAGGAACAUUCUAUUAUCGAAAGAAAACAUUUGCAAAAUAGCUGAUUUUGGAAUGUCAUGCAACUUGGAAGAUGACGAAGUAUAUUAUUAUUCCAAAGGAAAAGGAGGGAAAAUCCCAAUAAAAUGGAUGGCCCCAGAGGCCGUUAUCAAACGCAAGUACUCAUCAGCUUCUGAUGUUUGGAGCUAUGGUUGUGUGCUGUAUGAGAUAUGGAGUCUGGGUCAUAAACCAUUUGAGACAUAUUCAAACAUUUAUGCACUGGAGAAGGUUAAGGAUGGAUACAGGCUGCCUCCACCACCUGGCUCUCCACGUUCAAUUUACAAGCACAUGAUACAGUGCUGGCAUCCCAUUCCAAGAGAGAGGCCAGACUUCCACAGGCUCAUGCUCUCCAUGCUUCAGUUGGAAUCUGAACAGAAUGAUGAGCUCCCAUCUCCUGAAGCUGGUCAAUUAGGAGAAGAUCUAGAGGCAGGGGAAAUGCUAUACCCUGACCUCCAGAAUGCAUACAGGGGAAUAAAAGUCAACUAUAAUUAAUAUAAUAAUAGUGAUGCAUGUAUUACAGACAUUGACUGAUUCAAUUAUUAUUUUAGUGCCUUAUUAAAAAAUUAACAUUAUUGAUUUGCAGAAUA